CAUUUCUUUCUUUGUUCCAGCCAGUGAGCGCAUGUUCUGUUGUGUGUUUGUUGAUUUACAGUGGAGGUGAAGGAUCACUGGACCGUCUUCUCCCCUCAGUAAGCACAGGACUUUCACCCAGGAAAAGGACCACCAGCCAGUGUAAGUCUGAGCCGCCUCUGCUACGGACCUCCAAACGAACCAUCUACACUGCUGGUCGACCACCCUGGUACAACGAACACGGAACUCAGUCCAAAGAGGCCUUCGUCAUUGGUCUGUGUGGCGGCAGCGCUUCAGGAAAAACAACUGUAGCCAGGAAAAUAAUUGAAGCACUAGAUGUUCCAUGGGUUGUGCUACUUUCAAUGGAUUCUUUUUACAAGGUCCUGUCCCAAGACCAGCAGAUCCGUGCUGCCAGUAACGACUACAACUUCGACCACCCUGAUGCCUUCGACUUUGACUUGCUGACACACACCCUACGCAAACUCAAACAGGGGAAGAGCGUGAAAAUCCCCGUGUAUGACUUCACAACUCAUGGGAGACAGAAGGAGUGGAAAACCGUGUAUGGAGCCAGUGUUAUCAUCUUUGAGGGGAUCAUGUCCUUUGCAGAUAAAGAGCUCUUGCAGCUGCUGGACAUGAAGAUCUUUGUGGACACAGACUCUGACAUCCGUUUGGUGCGUCGAUUGAGGAGGGACAUUUCAGAAAGGGGCCGAGAUAUUGAGGGUGUCAUCAAACAGUACAACAAGUUUGUCAAGCCAGCCUUUGAGCAGUACAUUGAGCCCACCAUGCGCCUGGCGGAUAUUGUGGUGCCACGGGGUGGUGGCAACAUGGUGGCAAUCGAUUUGAUUGUGCAGCAUGUUCACAGUCAGCUGGAGGAGAGGAAACUUCGCUGGGAUAUGGCAGCCCUGGCUUCAGCGCACCAGGCCCAACCCCUCCCCCAAACCCUCAGCGUUCUGGAGAGCACACCCCAAGUCAGGGGCAUGCACACCAUCAUCAGAAAUAAGGAAACCAGCCGCGAUGAGUUCAUCUUCUACUCCAAGAGGUUGAUGCGUCUGUUGAUCGAGCGAGCCCUGUCCUUUCUCCCCUCACAGGUCCACAUAGUUCAGACCCCCCAGGGAGAGGAUUAUGAAGGCAGGACUUUCCAUGGGAAGAGGAUCACAGGCGUGUCCAUCCUUCGAGCCGGGGAGACCAUGGAGCCGGCCCUGAGGGCUGUCUGCAAAGACGUUCGCAUCGGCAAGAUCCUCAUCCAGACCAACCAGGACACAGGAGAGCCAGAGCUUCAUUACCUGCGUCUACCAAAAGACAUCAGCGAAGAUCACGUGAUUCUGAUGGACUGCACUGUGUCCACCGGAGCAGCCGCCAUGAUGGCUGUACGAGUCUUACUGGAUCACGACGUUCAGGAGGACAAGAUCCUGUUGGUUUCUUUGCUCAUGGCUGAAAUGGGAGUCCAUUCGGUGGCCUACGCAUUCCCACAGGUCAAAAUCAUCACCACAGCUGUUGACAAGAAGGUCAACGAUCUGUUUCACAUCAUACCCGGAAUAGGAAACUUCGGGGAUCGAUACUUUGGAACAGAUGCACCCCCUGACUGGAGUGAUGAAGAGAUGGAUGAGCCACGCUACUGAAGAAACUACUGGCAGUGCCCUUAGGUUAGGUGAUUAGGUGAUUCAGGACGGUGGCCCUCAGUGGACAAAAUGAGGACAUUCUCUUUGCCUCUGUCUGGCUGCAACGUUCAUCCUUCGAGGCCCAAACCAGACUGCCCUAAAACUGAACACAGGAGAAAACAUUGCUCAUGUCACCUUGUGUUAAAUUUUUAAAUUAUUUCAUCUUGUGUGAACUCUGUCAAGGAGAGCUGUAUCAUGAAGUCUGAAAACUGUUUUUUAUUGUACAGUAUGUUUUAAAGUCAAAGUGUUUUAUUUCUGUUCUUUAAUUUGUGACAAUCUCUAUUUGCCGGCGUGUUGUUUUGGAAAGAUUUGUCGGGCCUUAAGCCGUGCACUGUGGACGACACAACUGAAUGUGAAUUUGCACGUGACGUAAAAGAAGAAAAAGUCAAGGUUUUAAGGUUAUUUUUUUUACCAAAUACCUUUCUCACAACUUUCACAAAAGUAAAAUCGGAACCUGAACUCAUGUUGCUCAACUUCCAUCGCCACGAGCGCUUUCUGAAGGACCAUUCAAUCGGAAAAUGUGUAGGUGUAUAUCUGUGUUGGUUUUUUUCUCUUUCUUUUUUUUUUUUUUUUUUUUUAGCUCUCUGGUUCACCCUUUUCCUUCAGUGUGGAUGCUGACCUAACCAGUUGAAAAGGAUGUUGAAAAAACCCUUUUUUUCAUUAUACAGCUUUUAAGUAUGUACUUGUGGUGUAUAUUUAUGCAGAAUAUCCUUCAUUUGCAUAUUUUCACUAUGGAUAGACCUGACCAGUCAGCAGGCAAGUCAUGCAUCUUUUUGUUGCCGCGGAAAUGGGUCAUGUGCAUUUAACAAACGCAGAUUAAGUGUUUAUUUCGGUCUCACGUGUCCUGAUUUAUGUGUCUGUUUUUCAUGCAGUAGAAAGGGAUUGUUGUUUUUUUUUUAAAAAAAAAGGGCUGUCGAAAUGUUGGACACAUGAACUCAAAAUAUCCACAGGUCAGAGAGUGUCCUGAUAGUGCCUGGUGCUUUUACUUGGUAGCAAUAUUGCAAUGAAUGUGAUCCAUCUGUUAAAGCUUGUGCCUAUUUGAGAUUGCCUUGUCCUUUUGUUGGAAACAUGUUUGCCAGACACAGGGGUUGCACUCCACAUUAUUCAUCCUUGCCAGUAUUUGAACUGAUGAAACAAGUUGCUAAAAAGUUCACUUUGAUAUCAUGGUGACGUCAUAUUCUUUUCUAUGAGUUCAUAACUAGUUAUCAUCAUACAGUAUUUUUUUUUUUUUUAAUGCUUUACAGUAUAAAGUCUCUUCUUUUUUUUCCUUUUUGAGAAAAGGAAAUGCUCACCAUUCAGGGGGGUAAAAAAGUAAGUUGGUAAUGGAACUGGCUGCAUCCUGUCAUUACUUUUAGUUACUUGUUACUGUACAGUCACUGCUGGAUUCAGUGGUGAGGAAGUCAUUCUGUGCAGAAACCAACUGAUUGUGUCUGCAGCCUCAUUGUGUGACUGUAUGCUGUUUUGGGGUUUUACCAAUUCUGCAUGUUUUUUUAUAUAUAUAAUAUAUAUAUUUAAUAAAAGUGCAAUAGAGAUUUUAAGUUGCUUAUGGUGCAUAGUUUCAUUCAUGUUAAAUUUGAAUUUAACAACCUUGUGGCUGCCAGCCAGCAGUGCAAAUACUCUUCAGCCGGGGUAAUUAAAAUACACCUCAAAGCACAUGGAGUAAGCUUCUGACCAUGCCUGAGUAACGUGCAUAUUUUUAUUUCUUUAUCAAGCAUUUGAAGACAGAAAGACGCAUUACCUACACUCUGAAAAUGAACAGGAAGGAUAUUGUGGUUGUCCUCUUUUCAUGGAAAGUAACCUUGAUAUCUUCCAUCACUUUCCAUAAUUAUCACUCUGACAGCUGUCAAGACGUCAGCUGCGGUAAAGUGUGAUUGACACGCAUUUCAUGAGGCUGAUGGACAAUUAGACAACAGUGGCCUGUUGGGCAGAUAUUGACACACAAGAGGCAUCGUCUUCUGAGCGAGGAGGUGUGAGAAGGACAGUCAAAAGACAAGCAAGAGCUAAGAAUAUCAGGAAACUCAGCAGCAGCAGCAGCAGCAUUUUUAGUCUUGCUCUGCUCCUCGGUGUGCAGCUGUCAAUACGUUUGAAAGGCUUUAUUUUUUGCAAAAUUUAAGGCUUUUUUUUUUUUUACUAAAAUGUUCAAUAAACUGAUAAAGUUC